UACUAGUCUGCCGAUAGUGAGUUUUUGGUUUCAGUCGUUCCAAAGAACUUCAUCAAGAAUGAACAAGUGUAUGAUUUUGCUGGCGAUACUCCCGCUAAUUUGUGCCGACGUAGUCCCGGUGAAGCGAUGUAAAUCGGGAUCUCUUCCGACUGCGGUGGAUGUUUUGGGCUGUAGCAAGCUUCCCUGCAAGCUUCCCCGAGGACAGGACGUCAUUGCCCACGUUGACUUCAGUCCGGCUGCCGAAGUGUCCGGCUUGCGACCGGUAGUAUUCGCCACGGCACUUGGUGUCACGGUUCCGUUCGUGAUGCCCGAUGACCGACAGGAUGCUUGCCAAUGGCUCGAUGGGUCCCGUUGCCCCUUGUCCGCCGGAGAGGGUGUUCGGUACAUUUUGAAGUUGCCAGUGGAAAAACACUACCCGCCGAUUCCCGUCGAUGUCGAACUGAAACUCGUCGACGAUGCCGAUCAGGUGGUUACCUGUUUUAAAGUGCAGGCAAGGGUUAUUUAAGCGUUUAAGGUUUCAACAAUUUUCGUAGAACAUUUUACCAAUGUUACAAUCAAA